AUGGUCUCACACGCUUCAGAAAUGUGGGCCUUAUUCCCAGGAGCGAUCGCACUGCUGGGAUCGGUGUUUCUUCUGAUUAUUCGGAAUCGAACAAAGAAAGCCGUCACUGCACCACCGAACAUCUCUCUGGAGAAGCAGUCAAUUCCAGUAAAGGGUGAACCAAGGGGUCUACAAGAGUGGCCUGUUACCGUCAGACGACCAACUGGUUUUGGAGAACAUCUUUCCAGGAGUGCAGACCCUGUGGGAUCUAUUCAACAGAGGACUCAAGAUGGUCCAUGUGUGGGAACGCGAGGCUCCGAUGGACAGUACCGCUUCCGAAAGUACUCCGAAGUGCGAAUGGAUUCGACCAGUUUCGCAUCAGCUAUUGUGGGCGAACUCAACAUGAAACCAGGUGAUCGAAUUGGUAUCUACGCUCAAAAUCGUGCUGAAUGGCUGAUCACUGCUCUUGGUUGUGUUCAACAGUCGAUUAUCAUCGUUCCACUUUAUGACACACUCGGCGCAGACGCAGCGUCUUUUAUUGUAUCACAAGCGGAAAUCAGUGUGGUUGUGGUGGACUCACAGCUAAAAGCUCAAAACUUGGCAUCGAAGAAGACCCUCAUGCCAACGUUGACUGAUAUCGUGAUAAUGGACAAAGAAGGUGUCACAGAGGAGUUCAUAGAGGAGAUGAAGACUGUAGGAAUCAGAAUAACUUUCAUGAAGGAUAUAAUUGAACGCGGAUCUCAAAAUCCUCAGCCAAGGCAUCUACCGACGAAAGACGAUAUUUACAUUAUCUGCUAUACUUCUGGAACUACCGGCACACCGAAGGGCGUUAUCAUCACGCACGCAUGUAUUCUGGCAAACGUCAGCGGAUGGAUUUUUGCUGUGAACAAGUUCCUGCCGGAUAUGAUCAGCCCUAAUCUGGUACGUUUUAGUCAUCCUCCAGAAGAGCUGCUGACUGAAAUGGUUCCAUCGAUGAGGGUCAAGUCUUCAGUGAGAUUCAGAGUUACGUAA